GGAGAGCGCAUGCUUAUAUACAUUGAAGGGUACCAUCCAAGAUCGCCAAGUACAACCGAGAGCUCCGUUCAAGUCUCCCGAGCGAUGGACGAGUCGGUAAUGAAGCGGAGGGUUCAUCCGGUGGUGCCAGCCAACCGGGUCAAGUCAGGGCACGUGGACCCAAGUGAAUGAACAACUCUGAAAAGGUUAUAUCGCAGUCACGUAGUGACAGGAAGAAGGCCGAGACUAACAAGGUUGAAUCGCAGAUGGAGAGGACAGAGAAGAAACGGACGCACCAGGAAUGAGAGGGUACCCACCACCGGAAGUCGUUGCCCGUGCUGCCCCGCACAUUGCCUGGAGCUGGAGGAAACAAACAGCUUCCCAACUUGGCAGGCCUAAGGAGGGGUUAGCCAAUGGCGAGCUUGAGGGCGGGCAUGUGCCUGGGAGCUCAUCUCAUCUUCCCUGAAGCUUCCCUGCACAUGAGAAUGUCAAUGAGUUGAUCCACGUGGGCUCUCUCCAUCAACUCUAAUAGGAUCUGAGUAAAAGCUCUGAUGUUGCUGUGGAUGAGAUCGAAAAGACUUGAAUCUACUUGUAAUGUUUCAUCGUCA